AUGCAAUCCGCAAGACGAGAAGUCGUUCAUUGCGGUUACUUAAAAAAGGCUCCAUUGGAAAAUAAAUCAUCUCUAUUAUGGCGAAAUCGCUGGUUCGUUUUAUUAGAUUCAGAGCGUGUAAUGGCGGAUGGGUCAAAACUAGUGCGAUUGGAGUAUUACAAAGAUAAAGAUGCCUGGACAAAUGGAAAAGAGUAUGCAGGCAUUAUUCAUUUCGAUACGAUCAAAUCAAUUUCACCUGGUAAACGACGUAAAGGAGACUUGCAUGUUAUGGAAUUAUUGACCAAUGAUAGGAAAUAUUUAUUGGGUACACGCGAUUUAGAUCAUUACCGUGAAUGGAUGACGAAAUUGAAUAACUUAUUAAUGGAUUUGAGGAUGGGAGGAUUUCAACAGCGUUAUAAUGUCUCAGCUACAACAAGACAUAUUACCGGUAGUGGAGGACUUAGCAGUUCUGCUAAUCCGUCGAAAGCUGUUGAUGAUUUAUUGGCUUCAACACCUGACCAGCAAUUAGCUGGAGUGGUACCGUUGAGGCCUACACGUGCAUCGAGAUACAUGAAAAAUUCUGAUGAUAGGCGCUCAGGACGUAGAAAAAGUUGGACAACAUCCAUUUGGUCGUCCAUUUCCAAGAAGUUUUCUUCGUCAUCUUCUACAAGCCCCAAUGCUAAAAAUUAUGAUUGUCAAAACUUUGACUUUCUUAAUCCAGUGAAUGAUUGUGUAUUCGACGAUGACGCCAAUCAUAAUAAGUUACCAGAAGAAAGGACUCGCGUAAACAGUUCGUGUAAAAUAACACCCGGAUCGCCAGCUAAUGCCAGCCCGAAACUGACCAGUUCUCAAGAUUCUCUAAGGAUACAAUCCGAAAAUAAAAAGUAUGUUAGUCGAUUUGCAACAAACUCAUCUUCACCGGCAGAUAAUCGGGUAAGCUAUUCCGUCAUUACUACUGAGAGUAAAUGUAUUUUGCACUUGCAGAAAUAUCCGUAUCACUUAACUCCACAAAUGGCGUCUCGACAGGCAUCAGAAGAUCUCUCUUUUUGGGCAUUGAAAAGAGCAUCUAUUAGAAGAUCUUCUGAACCUUAUUCGCGUAAUAAUGAAGAUGAAAUAGAUCCAACCAAUGAUAGAAAAAAAAGUAUUCAUAAAUCACAAAAUCUGUUCGUUGGCUCAAAUAUAGAACUCAAUCGAGAAAUAGCUCAUCAGCGACUAAAAGAAUUUUCAAAAACUAUGGAUCUUGAAUGGCCCUUCGAUAAACUGAGUAAACGUUAA